AUGAUCUCGCUUCGAUUCGUAAGCCUAUUUGCCGCAUUCACUUCGAGCUUCUCUUUCGUGCCGGAAAACUCUUUGAGCAAGGGAAAACGAUUGGAAUCAACAAUUGCGAUGCAACUAAUGAAUGACGGCGAGAAAAGAUCCGAGAACAGUCGAAGAUCUUUUCUCUCGUGCGCUCUUCUGGUACCUAGUCUACUCUCGAUGCCACAAUCUUCCUGGGCGGCCCAGGAAGCUGAAUAUCGACAAGGUAUUGAGGUUAACGCUUUCAAUGGAUUGAUUUUCAAUUACCGAGGAGGCGAUUUCGCAGGUUUGGAUGCUUCGACUCUCAACGAACCUUCUAUUCCUUACAAAACCUUCUGUGAACGACUGUUAAAAGGGGAAGUCGAUUUCGUGGAAUUCAUGGCACCAGAUGGCGAUGCUGCAUAUGUAACCUUCAAGCCAAAAGAAGGAGAAGGGAAGGUGAAUCCCAUUCGCAUUGGGGAAGGGUUUCCUGUUGAGCAGCAUGAUGGAUACUCCUCGCCCAUGUUCGUAGUGAAGACGCUGAAGAAAUAUGAAAUCCCAUACAAAUUCACUGUCCCUGGACUCGCCAAGUUCAGCAGUUAA